CGCUCAGGGGCUUCCCGUCUCUGAAGUGCCUCUGAACUUUGAAGAACAAGUCCGAGAACUUAAGAAGCAGAAAGAUCCCGUGCUUGUGGUUGCCUAAGGCAGCAAGAUUCUGUCGACGUCAUGUUCCCCGCGCCGAGUCAUGAUCUGGACUCCAUCAUCUCUUCCUGGUAUUAUCGAUUCCCACGGGUUUACUAUCACCCUUGAAACAACAUAACAAUGACAAGACAACGAGACUACUACAAAGUUCUAGGGGUCUCUUCCAGUGCGACGCAGCAAGAAAUUCGCAACGCAUACAAAAGAGAAUCCUUAAAAUCCCAUCCAGACAGAGUCCCUGUCGACUCCCCGGACAGGCCAGCCCGGACGCGCAAGUUUCAGGAGAUUAACGAUGCCUACUACACGCUAUCGGAUGUCUCACGUCGACGAGAGUAUGACGCGACAAGGAUGGCGGGCGGUGUAGAAGAGGAAGAAGAUGUCCCUCGUGGAGGUGCUGGAGGAUUUCCCUGGUCAGCUUUUGGCUUUGGCACAGAUGACAGUGAGCACCGCGCAUCCGAACAGUUUGGGUCUGUGUUUGAAGAGAUGCUGCGAGAAGAAGGCCUUGCCAGCGAAGACACGGAUGCCGAUGGCCAGACACAUUCACAUCCAACAUCUCGAUUCUGGUCUGUUGUGGGUGGAAUCAGCGGCGGUGCUCUUGGCUUUAUUGUGGCCAAUGCCCCGGGGGCAUUGGCUGGUGCAGUCGCCGGUAACCGGCUUGGAGCGGUUCGAGACGCCAAGGGCAAGAGCGUUUACGAUGUCUUCCUCCAGCUUCCCCGGAGUGACCGUGCACGGCUUUUGAGCGAAUUGGCGGCCAAGGUUUUCCAAACUACCAUGGGCCGUUGAGAUAGCUUUCAAUGGGAGGGAGUUCAAGCUGGUUUGGCGUUUGUUGCUCUACCUGAUAGAGGGCUGAUUGGUCUGUAACUCGCAAUGCUUGGCUUUUAAUUGAAGAACAGUCCGUAGACUGUUUCUAUUUCGGGAUCUUUAAACAUGAACUUAGACAUUGUUAUGGACGAGAUUCAGUACAAUGGA